AUGGAUCAUCCGGACCGUCCUUCCUGCAGCGGAACAGAGACAAUGCUCUCACUGGUCUUAGAGCUAAUACCAUUUAUUCUCCGUUCUCCAGGGUUCACAAACCUGACUUCUCUCACCGCGCUCUCCGUCGGCAUUCCCGAUCGGGAAGAUAUGAAUCUUGCAAGCCUCGCGCAUCUCCCAGCCGUCUCCACCCUCGUUUUAUUCGACAACACAUGUCCGAAUCUAGAAAGCGGAGAAGCAUCUAACCCCUUUUCAUUCGCCCAGAUGCCAUCGCUGAAAGCCCUGGAGUUCGAGACGUGGUGUCCGCGGUUCGAGCUGUUGUUUCCAUCAGGAAAUUCGUUUACUCGUCUCGAGCGGUUGCUUAUCAAAGGCUGCGACAGCCUCGAGCGGUUUCCUGACGACAUUGGCCAACGACUGCCAGGCCUUCGCGAACUGAGCUUGUGCGGAUGCGAAAAACUUCUCGAGCUGCCUGAAAAUUUUGGAAAUCUGCACGCUCUGAAAACGUUGACGCUGAACCUCCUGCCACUCUCGAGUCUUCCGGAUUCGUUCACUCAGCUGACAUCCCUAGAAACCCUGUGCCUGUCUCACUGCUACGAAAUCUUGGAGCUGCCUGCAAGGUUCGGUUUUCUCACCGCACUCAACUCCUUGAGUAUCCUCGAUUCAGACUUGAGACUCCCAGACGACAUAGGCUCACUCACCAAUCUCCACACCUUCCGAUUAUCAAGACACUUCUCCCAGCAGCUGCUUCCAUCCUCGUUCACGCAACUGUCUACCCUCACAAGUCUCCAUCUCACCCAGUGCAGGAUACUAGCCAAACUUUCAGAGGACGUGGGGAAGCUGAGUAACCUGCGGGUACUGACCAUCCAGUGCUGUCCUGUUUUAAAGAAGCUUCCAGAGUCUCUCACUGACCUUAUCAACCUAGAGGUUCUGAAAGUUGUGGGCUGCGAAAGCCUUACUGCAAUCCCCAGCAGCUUGAGCAACUUUAGCAGGCUGAAAAUUUUGGCACUAGCCAAGCUCCCCUACCUAGAAGAAGUAUCGGGAUCCCUGCCCUGUUCCCUCAAGCUUCUUUCCCUAGGGAGCUUCGAGCGGCUUACCUCUCUGCUGGAUACCCCUGCACUGCCUAACCUGAGAGAAUUGAGCUCGACCAGUGAAGGGCUUAUGGGUGGCCUGGCCGCUGGCUUGACUCUGCCCUCUCUAGAGCACUUACAGCUGGAGUUCGUUGGAAAUACAAAGGAGUUUUCGUUGUCUCGUGACUCCCUUCCUAAGCUCCGCCAUUUGACAGUCGAAAGGGCUGCUUGGAUGAAAAAGUUUCCGAAAGGGCUUGGUUCGGCCUUGACGGGGCUAAGGUGGCUGGAGAUCCGUCGGGCUAAGGAGUUAACAGAGCUGCCGGAGAGUUUUAUGGAGCUUCAAUCCCUGACUUUUGUUGAGAUACAUGCGCCUAAGCUUUCCUCUCUUCCGGAGGGCAUCGGGGCUCUAUCUCGGCUGCGCCAGCUGAAUCUUGAAGAGUGCUCAUCCCUCGCCCUGCUCCCUGCUUCUCUCACCCAGCUUUCCUGCCUUCAUGAGCUGAACCUCAGCUGCACCGCCAUACGCUCCCUGCCUUGCCACUUUGGACAGCUGAGCCGGCUCAAGCAACUUAACCUGGAUGGGUGCGAGCAGUUGGCUGCUCUGCCGGAAGAUUUCACCCAGCUAAAGAUGCUACACAGCUUGUCUGUUAAAGGGUGUGGCAAGGUACACUAA